CGCUUCCCCGCGCGUGUUGCCUGGGCGGGCUCGCCGCUCCCUGGAUCGAUUUGCCUUGCGGGAGCGCAGCGGGGGCUCGCCCCCGGGAUCUCUGCGGCCGCCCCCCAGGGAGGAAGCGCUUCCUUUGCUGCACAGAGGAUGGAUUUCUCUGCAAGGUCAUCCGUGCCUUCGGCUGAGCUGCAGCGGCGGCUGCCCGGCGGCGUUGAAGAUUGGCUCUAAGGGAAAGUUGUUCCUGACCACAUUCCCCUUGAUACAAACACUCCUCUGCAAGAGUAUUGCUGGAAGAAGCUGACUGCAAGCUACAGCUCAGAGAAAUUCCAUGGGGACGGUACCGGAUCCUCUGAGGUCUUCCCAACUUUUGUUGGUUGCCGCUUCUGAAGAGAGAGAUUGCCUGGGAGAUCCGCAAUCCACUAAGCACCAGCACAAACAAGCAAGCAUAGAGAGGAGCAGUAAUGGCAUUUCUUAUACCAAGGCUGAAUCUGCUGGAGUUUGCUUGUUUGACCUGAACUGUACUGUAGUUUCCAACAUCCAAAGGGAUGAGCACCUCUACGGGGAUGAUACUAGCCAGCAAGACAUGUUUUUGCCUGGGUCCUUCAGCCAAGCUGAAGAAGUGCCUCCUGCAUGUACCAAGUCGGCCAGUAACUCGGAGCAAACGGGCAGCCGUGACGCCACAGUGCAAACACAGGUUGUAGCAAAAACCUCUGCAGCUGGACAUGCAACAGAUAUGAUGCCAACUACCCACAAUUCCAACCAGCUUAUACAAAGCGACCUACCAAGGAUAAGGUCACUGGCACAAGUUGAUGACUGUGCAGUGAAGGUCUGUGGGAUGAAUGAUCCAGCGGAACUUCAGGAGUUAAAUUAUCCAUCCCUAGACAACACUAUCAAGGGUAGUGAGUCCUGUCACCAUUCUUCUCAGGCAAAUACCCUGCAAAGAAUAGACAUGGAAAAAGAGAAAGCAGUGGAAAUAACUGACCCUGGCUUCUCUCCGGCAGCCACUGCAGUGAGGGACUUCAAAGCUAUUCCUUGUCUGGGGAUCAGGCCGCAGGUUUAUUCAGAAGCAGAGAUAAGGGAUGCAAGUGAUGUGAAAUCCUGUCCCACUUUUAGGACUGCACUUGCGCAGAGCAAUAAGGCUUUGCCACAAUCCAGCCUUGAGGGGACACAGCCCUUGUGCGAGGCAGAGAAAACAGGACCAGUGCUGCCCCAGCUCUCCAGGUUCAGAGAAGUAGGUACAAUGACAGUCCAGCCUGAGAGCACAUCUUUAACUCGGGAGGCAGUAAUCAGGACAUGGCGUGAUGCUGAGGUUCAGGCAGUGGCCAGUAUGGAGAGCAAAUCCGCUUCCACCAGCCCAAGUAUCCUUGCUGCAUUCCUCAAGGGGAAUCCUCCUUCAGAGGCAAAGGAGCAGUUGCACAUCAUUUAUCAGAGUGGUGGUGGGCAGAACCAGUCAGAACUUGUUGACAACUUUGUAUCACUCCAAAAGCCAGCCUGGUGUCCUGAUAUCAUGCCAGAAGGGUACGCUCUGACAGCUGCGAUGGAUCCAGUGAAAGCUCAGCCUGCCCAACUGCAAAAGCAUCAAGGAGACCCACCUGACACCAUCUGUCCAGUGCUGGCAGGUAGCAUAACACCUGCCUGUCCAUGCCCCCAAGGAGCCGGGAACACCCAAGGAACGCCGGCUGAUAGGGCAGAAACCCAAGGAGCCUGCUUGGCCAGAGACAGCACGGACAUUCCUCCACUGCCAUCAGACGCUGCAGUCUUACUGAAGGCAAAACCUGUGUACCAGAUUACGGUUAACACCAGUAAUCAACCUGCAGCACCUCAGCAGUCUGGAGAUGGUGAACCCCACCCAUCUCCAUUUACAGCCGUCCCUGAAACAAGCAACAACUUUCUGCACCAAGUCAGUGAUUCAGAAAGUAACCAGUCACCUGGACACGGACACGGUAGUGUACCCUAUGGAACUGAGCAGACAGAGACCCUGUGCAGCGCAGCUGGUAGCAGCACUGGUAGGAAACCUUGGCAGUUCCCGCGUGUUGAUGAAGUGCAAAUCAGUCCGGUUAAUGUCAAAACCGAGAGAAAGCCAAAGAAGGAAGAAAAGUUCAUGUUGCUUGAGGCUAAAGGAGGAGUUAACAUCGGCACUGGAGCUGCUGCUGGCUCUGCGAAGGUAUAUGCACCACGUACGGUUAAAACGGAGCAGGACAAGAUGUUGGAAAAAACUAAUCAGGCAAAGAAGUCCAGCAGCCCGAGUCUGCAAGCUGGAUUGACACCUGAGUUGAAUAUGAAUUCUACCCACGACACCCAUAGGCUGGGGACCCCAAAAGCUCCACCAUGUCAAAUUAGCAAGGCCAGUGAAACCAGGAAGGAACCAACAGCUGUUCCUGCCUCUGCUCCACGACUGCCACAUCUUGGGGAAAAGAAGAAAAAGCCCACUGUGGCCACGGAGGCCAAAGUACAGGUGCAGCAAUCCAAGCACGUCAGAGAUGUUGUGUGGGAUGAACAAGGCAUGACAUGGGAGGUAUAUGGUGCUUCGCUAGACCCAGAGUCACUGGGGAUCGCUAUCCAAAAUCACUUACAAAGACAAAUACGAGAACAUGAGAAACUGAUCAAGGCACAAAGCACCCAGAACCGGAAAUCGAUUUCCUCGGAUACAUCUUCAAAUAAGAAACUUAAAGGGAGGCAGCAUAAUGUGUUCCAGUCCAUGUUGCAGAACUUUAGGCGACCUAACUGCUGUGUCCGACCUGCUCCUUCUUCUGUGUUAGACUGAUAGGGGUUUGUGUGUCCACAGGUACAACCCCCUCUCCCCAAAGGUGGAAAUAAACCCCACUGCUCAGUUGUAUUAUCUGGGAUUAUAAUGCAGUGACCGUGGAAAUUCUUACUGGAAAUUUUCAGAAUAGUCACUCCAUUGUCCCUUGAUGAGGUAUCACCCCUUUGUUAUUUCCAUAGUAGACCCUCACCCAGUCUACUGUCAAAUGAAAAGCAAGGCACUUUGCAAAAGCACAAUUUUAAAUUGCCAACUGACUGCAGUGAGAAUGGGAUCUCCUGACAAGACAUGAGGCAGAGAGAAGAAUCGUAUAAGUGUUUAUAAAAAGUCAUUUUUUGUUGUAUCACAAGGACUAGCAUAAGGUGUGGUGGUGAUUGUUCUUUUUAAUUAAACUAACCUUAAAUAGCUGUAAACACACACAUACUCUCCAAUACUAACAAAUACAAAUUCCUUUAAAAAAAAUCUGCAUUGAGUUAAGUGCAUGAAAGGAAUAAGGGGUUAAAAGCUUUGAGUGGUAACAUAUAAAAGGGGAAUUUUCAAAAGACACCAAAGUAGGUAAGUGUUCAUCUCCCCUUGAAAUAUAACAACAUUUGGUUUCCUAGCACCAUUAGGCUUCUUAGGAAAUCCCAGCAUUAACUAAUAAAAGAUGUAACUGUUGAUGAGGGGACUCACUAGAGCUAGCCAUUAAAAUUCAGAAGUAGAGAAGUAAUUAUGAGGAAUGCUCUGUAGUCCUUUUAGAAUUCUGUUUAUUUUAAAAGAAAAGAGCUUUCAGGCAUAUUCUUUCCAAAGAGAAGAGUGGUGAGCAAAUCAAAUACGAGCUCUCAGAUCAUUCUAGCAUCCACUGAAACAUGUGAGAUUCUCUACUUACAAUUACUUGCAUCUGGUAGCAAGUCACCUUUUAGUGUGAUGGUAAAUCUUCAUUCCAAACUCCAGGGGGAGAGAACUGGCUCAGAUUCUGAACAUGUAAAAACUGACUUGAGCCCAUAUUGUCUCUCAAGCCUGCAAGUUGGUAGGAAUUCCAAACUGGGAGAGCUUGAAGAAUUCACCACAAAUGUACAGAUAAAUUAUUGCCCAGUCCUGCGAAUCUAUGGGAGCGCCUCCUGUGGAGGGCUCGCAGCAUUGGGCCCUUAGCCAUGAACUUGCAGAUUCCAAGUAAUUUAAUUGUAUUGCACUAACAUUAAUGCAGUUGAGUUUUACACAGAUGCUCAUGGAAAAUGAAUUCCAAGCUUGAACACCUAAGUGCUCGUAAGUAACAAAUCUUAAAAUUACAUGCAUGAGUACUCGGAAGUAGUAAACUUUAUAUGCAGUUGGACAUGGCUUGUCACUGCAGGGGAGAGGGUACCACCAGACAAAACUAAGCGAGGUAUGGAAGGAGUUAAAUCAGCCAGCCAUGCAGAUCUGACUGCACCUUGGCUAGUAGGACCAAGCACAGUCAUACAUUACUUUUUAUAGUAGCGAUGAGAAAAAAAUAUAUUUAAAAUCCUCACCCAGGUAGUAAAUUUUACAGAGGUCUAACUUGUAUAGGAACAAUGCCUCCAGAAAGGCCUCUGAGGGAUCCAGGACAAAAAAAGUUUAAAAAAUUGAUCUAAAAUUUCCCAGGUAUUGCCGCUUACCGGUUACCUCUCCCUAAACUGUUACCUGUCCUUGAGAGAGUCAAAGCCUCAGUAACGUUUUCAGACACUUCCUCUUGAUCCUAAAAGUGCUGCUCAACUGGACAGAGAGAAGAGCCCCAAUUAGCCAUCACAGCCCCAAAUAAAUAUUCACAGCCAACUGUUAGCAAUCAAUCAAUAAAGUAAAGAGAUAACUAUAUGCUGAACAAAUUCAAACAAUUGGAAUAAACCUGAGAAAAUCCUGAUCUAUUGCUGCAUGUCUACAGUGCACUUAGACAACUGCGGUUGGCCCGUACCAACUGGCUCGGGCUAAGGGACUGUUUAAUGACAGUGUCGAUGUUUGGGCUCAGGCUGCAGGCCAAGCUCUGGGACCCUCCCACCUCACCAAGUCCUGGAGCCCGGGCUCCAGCCCAAGCCCAAACAUCUACACUGCCAUUAAACAACUCCUUAGCCCGAGCCCCAUGGGACCGAAUCAGCAGGCACAGGCCAGCUGCAGGUUUUUAAUUGCAGUGUAGACAUACCAUUGGAGGCUAAAUUAGUUGAGUAAAGUAUUCACUUGGAAUUAUUUCAGCUCCAAUCUUCAUGAGCCAGAUUCACAGCAGGUGGAAAUUGGCAUAAUUUCAUCCAAGUUAAUGGAUGUAUGCCAGUCUUACACCCUCUAAGGCUUUGGCCCCAUGUUUCUUUCAAACAGAUGUCUAGUUUAAUAUAUACAGACACAAUAUACUGUGCAUGCAGCAUUAUUGGAACUAGAUAGGAAUGUUUCUAGUCAUCCUCUGCUAUGGUUCAAGGUAGAACAGACUGUAACUAAAAUCUGGUACUGGGCCCAGUGCUGCAGUCCUGUUCAAGCAAAACUCCCAUUCUGUUUAUGAAUGUAUGAUUUAUACCACUGUUGUGGCCUGAUCCCGCACCCAUCAUAAGCAGUGGCAAACCAGUGCAGAACCAAGACCUUAGUGAACUGAAUACCAAAACUCAAAGGUAGCAAGUACUUUCCACAAAAUACGGGGCUACUAUCCGAAAUACAAUGGUGACUCAAGGUGACAGCUCUGCUCUUGUCAUAGUGCAGUGUAAUUCAUGUCAUGCAUGUACUUACACUGUGAUGUGCAGAAUAACUAGUGCAACACAAUGAUCUAUAUGUACAUGUACUGCAACCUAUUUCACGUCAUGUAAAUGCACAUACUGAAAUCAUGCAGGAUAACAAACUUCAGGGCCCAAAUACUCCACUGGCAUAAAUUGGAGCAGGUCCAUUGAAGUCAAUGAAACUUUGCCAUUUGCACUAGCUUAACGAUCUGACCCUUUUGUAUAAAUGAUCACAGGGUAAUAGUCUUGUGUGUUACAGACGCUCAGGGUGACCACAUAACUUGUGAGAAGUUUGGUGAGGCCGAGUUGCAGGAUCAUUCCAAAUGAGUGAAAAGAAAUGAAAAGGAGUACUUGUGGCUAGUCUCUAAGGUUCCACAAGUACUCCUUUUCUUUUUGCAAAUACAGACUAACACGGCUGCUACUCUGAAACCUGAAAAGAAAAGGUUUAUUCUGCUCUUCAUUGGGAUGUCCCCUGAGGGGAAAGUGGUUGUUUUUUAAGUUUUAUUUUGUGAUUUGUAAAGUUUUUGCAUUUUGAUCCUGGCUGAGUUUUGGGGCUCAAGCAGCUAGCUGUGGCAGUGGACUUUAGCCAGCAGGAUGUCUUAUCCUAGUCUUGCUGUUUGUUUGCCUUUCUGCAAAGCAAGCCGCUUUGACAUGAUCUUAAUACACUGAUGAUAGAAGGAGUGCAUCAUUUGUAAUAAGCUGUGGUUCUGCAAUCCGCUGCCUUUUUAACCCUGAAAAUAACAGCCCAAUUAAAAAACCAUGAAUUCUGAUGCAUUGCAAUUAGAGAGCAAAGCUGUUACCUUGCGUCACUGUUACGUUUUGUAGGUUAUCUGCAUUUUUAGUGGAAAGUGUUUUCCCACCUUCAGUUUUGGCAUUGAGGCUCACCCAGGGCCUGAUGCAAAAACCCGUGAAGUCAAUGGAAAGAUUCCUAGUGACAUCAGUGUGCUUUGGAUCAGGCCUCAGGUGAGUUGUAUGACUGAUACAUAUUGAGUGUAGCAUCCUGUGAGAGGAAAGGUAUUAAGUACUUUGUCAUAUAUCUCUCCUGAAUAAGAGCUUUCUCACUAAGAAAGGUGUAUCUGCUUCCGAGUGCAGCUUUCCAUAUUUAUCAGAUGCUAUUUUGGGUGUUCCUUGACCCCUCCCCCACUUUUCAUUUUACAUGUUGGGGCUAGCACAGGAAGGCUCAGUACCUUUAACAGAAGUCUGAUGACUCUGCCUUUGAUUUAAAACUCCUGAAGAUAAGAGUGGAGAUCCAAGCUGAGACACUGUCAAUUUGGAGAAGAAGUGACCUAAACAGACAUGGCUUUUGAGCACAAAACAAGAAGUGAGAGAGGAAGAAAUAGAUUUUUACUGGCAUUUAAUUUUUUUUUCAGCUGUGUGCACUGACAAUAAGUGGAGUGUGCAUACAGGCAACAUGGAAUGAUGCUUACCUAGACUUACCCCUGGCUAAUGAGAGUGCACGAUCACUCGCGCUACAAUAUUUUAGCCAAGAUUUUCAAAAGUAGCUGGUGGGUCUCGGUGCCCAACUUGAGUCAGUGUAAAGGGAGCUGAUUCUCAGAAAGGGCUGAGCAGCUGCCUUGUGUAAAUCACCUUGGAAAAUCUUGGACUUGGUCUUUAAUGACACACACUAAUAUUUUGAGGUUAAAAGAGGCCAUGCAGCUCAUCUGGAUCUAUUUGCCCAUCUGUCUAGUGUAUAUACACUGUCUUGAUUUUCUUCCUGACUUCUUGUUUAAAUCUUUGUUUUUCCAAUAGGUUCACAGUUCUGUUGCUGCCUUUCAUUAAGGCCAUUCCAUUUAAUUAUCCUGUGUAUAGGUCACGUUUUACAUGGCAUGCAUUAUAAUCCCUCAUAUUGUAAAUUUGAAAUCAUUACCAUGCAGCAGCAGAAGCCUUUGAGACAGUCUUUACUGUGUUUAUAAUAUUAGAGUAGUAGUAAAUAGCAUCUGCUAAUAAAUGGUAGCAAAGUGACUAUUUCCCCAAAAGCGUGAUAUACAAUAGUGUUUCCAGUGUAUGUUUCCACAUUUGUAAGAUUAGCAAUAUUCUCCAAGCUUGAGCAUUUAUUUCCCACUAAUUUUCCUACACUGUCCACUACCGUCUGUGGGAUAUUUGGGGGAAAUUGAUGUGAUUUGUAGAAAAUCCUGUCUUCAGCACUGUGUGGCUUUGUCGCUUUGGUUUUUGCACUUCCGCCGAGGACGACUGUUAAAUAGGAAUUAUUUUGCUUCCACCAAAGACUGAUCAGGAAUGGUGAUGGUCAUUUAUUCCUGUCUGCAAUGCCACAUACCUUCUUAUACUGUAGAUCGUGUUAUACUUCCCAAAUGUAAAUGUACUGCAAUGCUCUUCUCAAAAACAGCCCUGAGUAAUUACCUUUUCAUUGAUGGAACCAAAAUUUGUGGGUAUGUCCACUUUGGGGCCCUUUUCAUCCCCAAAGGGGACUUAAAUCCCAUAAAGCUUAUAUAAUAUAAUAUAUUUUAGCUUAGUUUAAUUAAAGUUAUUAUUUCUAAGCUCAGUACUGAAUUGAUUCUUAACUUUCCUUUUGGCAUAUUUUCAGGCUUACAAUACAUUAAUUCCAUUCCUCCACCCUGUCAUGUCACAUUACUUUAAGUGGCCUCCAAUCUUACUACUGAACUUGGGCUGACACAUAUAGGGAUUCUUCCUAUGUACGUCUGUCAAGGACAUACUUUUUGUUUCUUUCUAUCCCCUCCUAGCAUUGUGAAUUUCAUGUGGAUUUUUACGUGGAAUUAAAUGUGGGCAGUAUUGUUUGGUAAGGCGAGUUGACAAGUUUGGCGUCUCUUACCACGUUUGUGUCUGUGUUGGCACCAAAGAAGUUCCCAAUAUUUGCUGCAGUGUUGUUGUUUCAUGUUCAGGUUUAAGCCUUUUGUGCUGUUUGUUCUUGUGACUUCAGCUCAAUUCUGCUCGCACCCUCAUCAGCUGUAGCCAUGCCUGAUGCCCUGUGAAGUGAUGUCAAUUGAGGAGCCUUUUGUCCCUUCCUCUAUUAUUCCCCGUGUUAUAAACUUUUGUGAUUCAUUCUAGUCUGAAUUGUCCCUGUAUGAACUUGUUAAUAGGAGCAUAUACAUGUAUGAUUCAGAGUGUCCUGGGGGCGAACUGUGGCUAUGGAUAUUUACAGAGUUCCAUGGACUUCAUCCUGCAGCCCACUCCCAAAAAAUAUUUUGAAAAUCUGGGCUCAGUUUGCUCAAUUUAGACCAAAAUUUGCUUGACGCUUAAUGAUGGAGGAUGAACACUUAGAUGAACUGAGUAAAAAAAUUGUUUUGCUUCAUGAGGAAUCGGCAAGAUCUGUCUUAAUUCCCUGCAGCUGUUUCUAGUUGUAACAUUCACUAGCCUAUCCAUCCCUCAUCACAACUAAACAACCUCUCUCGAAGUAAAGUAUCGCCAAUACAUUUAUAAACUGAAACUAAAAAAGUGAGACUGCCAGGCGGCUGCGUCCAAAAGACUGCUCAGGCAUCAGCGGAAAGACUGAGAUGGUCAGCAGAGCAUGACAACAGAAUGAUCCUUAAAAACGUUGUUUAAUGCUAAUCUCAGAAAUGUCUGUGAAACUGUACGUGGGCACAACCGCCUGCUGAAAUGCAUUUGAAGCCAAGCAAUAAUGUGUCCAAAAGAGUCAAUAAACACCAGCACAGCUCAUGUAAACUAGUCUAUAUUUUUACUUUGCUCUACUAGGGCAGAAUUUAAGCAACUUGAUAACUAAAUGCCAGGUUAGAGCUUUCUCCUGCGUAAGCUAUCUAGACAACCAUGUUUAAAAUGAACCUUGUUGGAGCUACUGGAGAUUUCAUCAUCAACAAAAGGAACCUUAUGCUUGGGGCAGCACUGACCUGUCAUGGAGCUUAGCAAGGAAUAUGAUUAUGUAGCCAUCCUCCCACUGGCUGGGAAAACUUGUUCUUGGUUUCAGCCAUGUUGGUGUCAAAAUCAGAAGUGUGUAAUCAGCCUGGUGGGAUGAAAGAAAAUACUGAAAAAAGUCCUGUUUGCCUUCACACACGCUCCCUGCACUCCUCUUGCCCUGUGACCCAAAACCACACUGCAGCAGUUAAAUGGUUAAUAAUAUGAAGGAAUACUAUACAGAAUGGUGAAAAGAAGGUCCACAUGUAAAGUGAAACUGAACGACAUAUGUCUUUCCUAUGGGUAAAAAUGUCUGAAAAGCCCCAGGUUUCGAAACAGAAGGUAGAGUAACAGAUUGAAGCAACCCUUGUAUUUAAUUUGCUGUAGGAAAAAGAAAAUGUGGAAACCAGUCAGAGGAAAGGGAACAAGUUCCAUGUUGGUGUAUCUCUUGGAAAGUUAUAAGUGGCCAGAUAGAUUUGGGAUAAGUGGAGUUCAUCGAAAUAGAAAAGUUGUUUCCAUCUUGACCUCAGGAACACUAUAUUUUUUCUAGAUUGGGAGCCUGAGCCAGUUUUUAGGAUCCAUGAAACAUAAAGCCAAGGGGAACCCCCCGACUCAGGCAAUUUGCAGGAUAGUCCCAAACAUCUGUGGAGUCUGCUGUUGUCUGAGGUCAUUGAUCUGGGUUCUGUUAGCUUUGCAUUGGCUUGGGCAGAGCCAAUAGAUUGAAGAUCUGUGUGCUUUCUGCUAGCCCACUCUGGGAAAAGACCACGUGGGCAGGACUCAUUCUGGCAACCAACCUAUGAGUGGCAGGUGGAAAGAAAUAUGACCCUCCCCUCUCUCAAGGAAGGAUGAUCAACCACCUAUUCCUUCCCUCUUAUCAUAGAAGAGGAGAGAAGGGAUGAGAAAAAUGAGGGAGAGGGAGCAAAAAGGAGGAGAAAUUGAGUGAUAGGGGCUUUACUAGGGGCUCCCCAAAUCCUGUAUCCAGGAACACACUGGUUCACUUUAUUUUUUGCAAUUCUUGCCUUUGGCUUAUUCUGAAAUAAAGAAUCUGUAUCUGCAAUAGUCCCGGUUAUUGUACGUUCCUAGACGUUGAUUGUUUUGCUGAUGCAUAUAAAUGCUGUUGUGUCAUGAAACCUAACUGGUAAAAGUAACUGGCAGCACCGGAGGUGAAAAGUCUCAAUCUGUUGUUGGUACCCCUGUUACGCAUGGGUCUUGAGAAACAAACCCAAAGUCAAAGUAUGUCCUAGGGAUGUGGGGAAAGUGAGUGUGCUCUCUGAAGUUAUUGUUGUUAGUGUUCUCACUAGCCUUCAUAUUUAAUCUUUUUGAGAUUUAUUCUACAUUAUUGUGUGUCAUCGGCAACAUUAACUAUAAAUGUACGAUAAAUGACGACCGAUUUAGUGCCUGAUCCAAAGCCUAUAGAGAUCAAUAGAAAGACUCCCAUUGAUUUCCCAUUGGCCUUAAAUUGGGAAAUGUAACAGAGACCACAAUAUCAGUAGUCCCUUGUUUUAGGACUCAAUUUUGCAAGGUGCUGAGAAUCUACUGAUUGGUGCUGAGCACCCUUAAUGUUCCUUGACAUCAGUUGGUGUUGAGACCACUCAGCACCUUGGCAGGAUCAAGCCCAUGGUGAAAAAACAGAAGCGGUAUGUUGAAAAGUGCCCCAGAAUCUUGUAGUUAUUGAAUAAACUCCAAUCAUAAGUGAGAGGAAGGUGAUCCAAAGUCAGUUGAAAAGACGGACAAGUCAGGAGUAGUGUAGACAAAAUAAAAAAAAGUAUAAACACCAGAGUGCUUAUUGUUGCCCGUGGUGUGGUAACAAAAGGGGGUAAACUAACAAACUAAACUCUCUAGCAACCAAAAUACUGUGUAUGGAAGUAUCUAUAUAGGUGUGGUGAUGGCUUUGAAAUCAUAACUGAAUGAUGGACUUCUUCCCUACGCAGAAAAAAGAUUAGUUCACGUUUAUAUUAUCGGUAUGUGGGGGAAAUAUUACAGUACUGUAAACUGUUUCUGACUUUUAAAAAGAGGGGCUUUUUUCUUUCUUACCAUAUACCAAGGUAUGUAUAAAAAGUACAAGCACUAUCAAUAUAUUGGACUUGAGUCUCCACUGCCUUUCUCCUUGUGUAACCAUCUACACCUUUGCAAAGCGAGUGCCAAGUGCCACCCAGUCAGAAUGGGUGUUUUACACCCUCUUUGCACAUGUGUAAAUGAGUACACACAGUGCAAGGCCAUCCAGCCCCUUGAGUUUAGGAAUAAGGAUAGUAGUGUGCCACCUGAUAUUUCAGUUCAGAGUUUGGAAAGCCACUGAGAUCUGAACGAGUCUUUUACAUCUCACCUUUCGCUGGUUGGUUUUGUUUUCGUAGGUAAUGUAUUUGUACUUGUGAUCUAGAAAGAAGCCACAUUUUUCAAAAAUGGGUGCCAAAAGUUAUGCUCCUAAGUCUCUCCUUAUCCAGGUUAGCAGCUGGCCUUAUUUCCAAGUGCUGAGCUCCUGAAUCCCUUGGGAGUGAGUGGCAGCUGCAGGUGUUCAGCUGUCUUGAAAAUCAGGCGACUUAUUACAAAGCUUCAAUAUAAAUUUAAGAGCCUAAAUUUAGUUAUCCAUCUUGACCAGUGUAGGCAUUUCAAAGAAAAAGCAAAGGAGUAUAGCUGGGCCGAAGAUGAUCAAACACCCAAAAUGAAAUAAAAGUCAGCAUCAGUUAUUUUGAAAGGCAGUGACUAGUUACUUUUCCCCUCUUUGCUUUUCCAAGCAGCUGUUUUCCCCAGUGUUUUGUACUGUAUCUUAAGUCAGACCCUGGCAAAGAAGGUGCGACAGGUUCCCCCCUGCGCUGCCACAUGGAACUGGGGUACCACUGAGCCCUCUGACUCACCAGCCUGGGCUCCCUCUCAGCACCGUGCUGCUGUGACAGGCUAUAGACGGCUCCCGGUCCUACACUCUCACCAACAUUCAGACAGGCACAGACACUGGCUUUGGCCAGCCAGUGCAUGAACCAAUAGAGAGGCUGAAGCCAAAAUAACCCCCAGCUUUCCAGCCUAGGACCCCAGAACUGGUCCUGCCCUGGUCAAAACCCCUACCAGUAAGAAUUUAUUACUCAGUUCGCCUCUCGCUCAAUGUGGAGAGGAAUAUGCUUGUGUUAAACCAAGCUGAGAUUUUCCCCAGACACUUCAGUCAAGGGCACACUGGUUUAGAUUAAAAACACAAAACUUUAUUAACUACAAAAAGAUAGAUUUUUAAGUGAUAGCAAACAGAUAAAAGCAGAUUACCUACUAAAUAAACAACACAGACUAAGCCUAAAAUACUAGAAAGAUUGGCUAUGAAUUAGCAAUUUCUCACCCUGACUGAUGAUAUGAGCAGGCUUGCAGAUUCUCAAGGCACAAGCUGCACUUGCUUUGCAGCUUGGGAUCUCCACCCCUGUUCCAAGUCCUUUUCCUUGGGAGUUUCUCUUAGGUGUUGAGUUGUGGGGGAAUGAAGAACAAUAGAUAAGGUCACUCCCUGCCUUAUAUAGCUUUAGCAUAGGGCAGGAACCAUUUGUUCUAAAAGCAGUUCCCCGCCCAGUUUGUGGAAAAAUACAGGCACCCAAAAUGGAGUCCAGAGUCACAUGGUCUGGUCACAUGCCCUUGCAGAGUCAUAGCUGCCAUUACUUACAGGCUGGCCGAAAUGUCCAUAGGAAGGCUAAGCUAUUCAACUGCCCAUUGUCUUUUUGUUGAUGAGCCAUUAGCACUGUUUGGCUUCUUCAUUGUUGUACCCGAAAGGCUGACUGUGGGUGUUUUCCAGAGUAAGCCCAUUUAAAUACAGAUCCAUAAUCAAUGUUCAUAACUUCAGAUACCAAAAUGAUACAUGCAUACAAAUGAUAAUUAUAUCGUGCAAAUAACUUUUCAGUUGACCCCUUAUAUGACCCAUCUUCUGCAAAAUGCAUCAUAAUUAUGCCAUAAUCACAUCCUAAUAUUACUAUGAUGAAUAUGGGGUGUAGUGUCACGGGUUUGGAGAGUUGGAAUUCUAUCUUUACCAUUCAGGCAGACUUAACAAAGGCAACACUUUUAACAAGUACCAGCCUCACUUGGGAGGAAGUAUUUUUGCCUAUGGUACUAAGUUUAUAACACGUGAGAGAGAGAGUGUGAGUGAGUGUGUGUGUGUGUUUUGGAGAGGGGUCUCACACACACAUUGCGUACAUACUAACAAAGGAUGACAUUAAAGUCACGUUAGGCACUGGCUUAACCCCAGAACAGUAAAUGGAGGAAUUAUCAGUGUUAAUCUAUUGUGAUACAGCAGCAUCUCCAAUAGCAGAUACUCAUUAUCUUAGCAUAAAUGGGCAAUGUCUAAUUGUGACUGAAAUAAUUCUUUUCCAUCCCCUGGAUAUAGAGGGUCCAGAAAACAACAGCAUUGGAGUGUUCCUCUCUGCAUGGGGGCAGGAUGCCAGCAUCCAUGUGAAACUCUGCUCCUGUGUGGAAGUGGCAUCCUUUCUCUCCACAGCAGAGGAGUUGAAGGGCUCAGGAAAGAGCAGGGUGGAGGUUAGUGUAUCUGUGACUAUGUGGCCAAUCAGCUAUUUCACACCCCCUUUGGAUGUGGUCCAUUACUGCCCUGGGGUAGCUGCAGAGCGCUCUGCAGCCUAAGGGCAAGGAUGCUGGCCUCGAUGGAGAUUCCCCGCAUCUCGCUGAAAGACAACUAACUGAUCUUGGGGUCCAGAUCAUCAAAGGAGUGUGCAACGGAUGAGCCUGCAGAAAUGCACGCUGGCUCAGUGCGCCUGCAGAAACCCACGUUUGCACAUGUAACCUAACCUGUGUGCAUAGAAAACUGGUAAUUGCAAACAUAAGAGCCCAUUUUGCACACAUUGGUGGAGUUUUGCAACACACCCACGAAACCUCCCCACCCUUUAAAAUAUUAGGCAUUUAAUGUCAAACCCUGGAACAAAUGAUGUAUAUCAUAGGAAUGCUGCCAGCAGAGACUCUAGCAGGUGUUGCUACAGAAUAUUAUCCAUUAUUUACCAAACCCUCCUAAGCAGUUCUGACACAGUAACUUAUCCUUUCAUUCUGAGAUGGUUCUCCCGAUAGCUUUUUCCUUUAUAAGUAACGAAGGGUUUCAAAGAUGCUAUAUGAAACUCCCAAAUUUAGAAGCUAUCUUGAAAAACUGCACCUCUAUGGAAGAGAAGGAUCUGUCCACUUGUGGUACACAAAGCCAACUAUAAAAUCAAGGGUUAAAGUCUCGGCAGCCCACUGAGGAAUUAAUGGAAUUUGACUCCAAAGAUAAAUGGAGAGAUGGGGGUGAACUUUAAAUGCUUGGCCAUUCCAAAACGUCAUUAGAAAGAUGGCCACAAAUCUGUUGUCAAAAGAUUAGAACCUAUUUAUGGGCUCCUAAUGCUGACUAAUGUUCUUGUGGCUUCAUUCUUUUUCUAAUCAAAAUGACUGAAUGUGGCGUACUGUACAAAGUAGAGCUAAUUCUCGGCGUCAGAAUGUACUUCAGCAUUAAUUUUAGACCUAACAUUAGAAACGUGCAUGUAAAGACGUUGUUCAGUGAUACUAACAUUGCAUUUAGACCUGGUCGUAUCUCUUACGAAACCCUGUUCAGUGUUUUACAUCACCUGGUUUCCACAAUAAAUACAAUAAAAUGAA